GUCUCACUUGUUAAAAGACCCCAUAACGUGGAGGAGGCAGAAAAGCAGCAGCAGCAGGAAAGAAAAAGACGUCUGGAUAACAUUACCCGCUUGCUGCUGCUGCUGAGAAACCUCAUUGAAACAGUUACUCGGUCAGCAAGGCAUCACCAAAGAGACUUUAUCUGAUGCUGUACAUCUCUCAAACUUUCAGACGCUGCCUUGCAACUUCUCCAGGCUCCUGGCUAGCCGGGUUUGAAAUACGAUCUUCAGCUUCGACCACGAGAAACUAACUCCUAAUUUAUUAUUUCUCUUUUUUUAAUUAUUAUUAUUUGAAAAAAAAAAAAAAAAAAAAAAGAAAUCCCACAACUUUGAACUAGAAACUGAAGCAGAGAAAGACAAAUACGUUGUAAUAGGCAAAACACGUGGGAGAAAAUGAGCAGGACUGAAUAGCCUUAAAUGAUUAUUUUUUAUUAUUUUCAUUUUUAAUUAUUUUUUAUUCCUGAGCGUCUGAAUAAGUCCCUGAAAAGUGCGAUUUGAUCUUUUUACCUCAAACUUGGAAACUGUUCAGCGGGAGCAACGGUACGUGAGACCACACAGCUGGCUGGAGCCCCUCUAUGACCAAAGGACAGAAGGACAAACAAGAUGUAUUGUGAGAGGUUUAUAUGUAUCCUGAGAAUACUUGGAACCACACUCUUCGGGGUGUCCCUCCUGCUGGGAAUCACCGCUGCUUACAUUGUGGGCUACCAGUUCAUCCAAACAGACAACUACUACUUCUCCUUUGGACUCUAUGGUGCUAUCCUGGCAUCACAUCUCAUCAUCCAAAGCCUGUUUGCCUUCCUAGAGCACAGGAAAAUGAAGCGGUCGCUAGAGACUCCAAUCAAGCUGAAUAAAACAGUUGCCCUUUGUAUUGCUGCCUAUCAAGAGGAUCCUGACUACUUAAGAAAAUGUUUACUUUCUGUGAAAAGAUUGACCUACCCUGGAAUUAAAGUUGUUAUGGUAAUUGAUGGGAACUCAGAAGACGACGUUUACAUGAUGGACAUUUUCACUGAAAUCAUGGGUAGGGACAAAUCUGCCACUUAUAUCUGGAAUAAUAACUUCCACGACAAAGGUCCAGGUGAGACAGAGGAGUCUCACAGAGAGAGCAUACAGCACGUAUCUCAACUGGUCCUGUCCAACAAAAGUGUUUGCAUCAUGCAGAAAUGGGGUGGAAAAAGAGAAGUAAUGUACACAGCAUUCAAAGCACUGGGGAGAAGCGUGGAUUAUGUACAGGUCUGUGAUUCAGAUACAGUACUUGAUCCAGCCUCAUCAGUGGAAAUGGUAAAGGUUUUAGAAGAAGAUCCAAUGGUUGGAGGAGUUGGAGGUGAUGUGCAGAUUUUGAACAAGUAUGAUUCCUGGAUCUCCUUUCUAAGCAGCGUGAGAUACUGGAUGGCAUUUAACAUAGAAAGAGCCUGUCAGUCCUAUUUUGGCUGUGUACAGUGCAUCAGUGGACCUCUGGGAAUGUACAGAAACUCUUUACUCCACGAAUUCCUGGAAGAUUGGUACAAUCAAGAAUUUAUGGGCUCCCAGUGCAGCUUUGGAGAUGACAGGCAUCUAACUAACAGAGUGCUAAGUCUGGGCUAUGCAACAAAAUACACAGCUAGAUCCAAGUGCCUUACCGAAACACCGAUAGAGUAUCUCAGGUGGCUGAAUCAGCAGACCCGCUGGAGUAAAUCGUACUUUCGAGAGUGGCUCUAUAAUGCAAUGUGGUUCCACAAGCACCAUUUGUGGAUGACCUAUGAAGCUGUAAUCACUGGAUUCUUUCCUUUCUUCCUUAUCGCCACAGUCAUUCAGCUCUUCUACAGGGGAAAAAUCUGGAACAUCCUCCUUUUCUUGUUGACAGUUCAGUUAGUGGGCCUGAUAAAGUCUUCCUUUGCCAGCUUCCUUAGGGGCAACAUUGUCAUGGUUUUCAUGUCACUCUACUCAGUGUUGUAUAUGUCAAGUUUACUGCCAGCAAAGAUAUUUGCAAUUGCCACGAUAAACAAAGCAGGGUGGGGCACAUCAGGAAGAAAAACCAUUGUAGUUAAUUUUAUAGGACUUAUUCCAGUCUCCAUUUGGUUUACAAUCCUCCUAGGUGGCGUAAUUUUCACUAUCUACAAGGAAUCAAAAAAGCCAUUCUCUGAGUCAAAACAGACAGUUCUCAUCAUUGGCACAAUCCUCUAUGCAUGUUACUGGAUUAUGCUGUUGACUUUGUACUUGGUUCUUAUCACCAAAUGUGGCAGGCGGAAGAAAGAGCAACACUAUGACAUGGUGCUAGACGUUUGAUUUUUCUGUGGGAAGUUACCCAGAGAGUUUUAAAGCAACCCAACGACCUUGUAGUAUCUGUGGCAUCAGAUGAAUGUUGCCAAGGGAAAUGGAUCGCUGCUGCUGGGAAUAGGACAUUUUUAUUCCUCUGGGUUCAUUUUCAUCCUGCCAAAGUAAGAAAAAAUAACAGAAACAAGAACAAUAGAAAAUGAUUUUUUUUAUUUUUUUUUUCCAAGGGGGGAAAAAAGCCAAACACACAGUUUCGACCUGUUCACAAGAAAAUGGGAGAACUUUUAUGUUUAUGCACUUUUCUAUUGUGCAUCUGCCUGACAGUGUUACGUUUUAUAUACCUCACUGGUCAUGCUUAUGUGUGUGGACAGGAAGGAAAGGAGUUUGGAGAAUCAAGAAAAUGAUCUUACAACCCCUUGAAACCUAAUUUAUGAACUUCUCUUUUUUUUAUAGUUCUGUUUAUAGAAAGGGUCUUUUGUGUUAGGCUGCCAAAUGUAAUGCCAAAGGUAAAUUUUAAGAGGCCAUUGGCUGAGCUGUAUUUUUAUAUUAUUGUAUUAUUUGUGUGUGUGUAUUUUUAAGCCAACUUUUUUUUUUUUUUUUUUAAAUCACAUAUUUUAUAUUUUACUAUCUGCCAAAAAGGUUGCCUCCCCAACAUUUUGUUCUUUAGCCUCUUUAAAUACAUUUGGGAUAAAAAAUCAUAAUUCCUUCCCAAAAAUUUAUGCUGAUUUGAUAUUGUUCAUAAUAGAAAAAAUAAAAAGUCUCUCUGCAUUUUUGCAACUGCUGAAUGGUUAUUUCUGUGAAAAAGUAUUUAAAUACGCUCUUUGAAGACAUUUACUAGAAAAGGCCCAACAUUGUCAGUUUUCAAAUACAAGCAUAUUUGUGCAUAUAAAAAA